GCUCCUCAUGUUGUCAUGCCAGAAGUGGAAUUCCAUGACUGAUUUUUUACAGUUCUAACCAUGGAUCAUGAACUGGUGACAUUCAGAGAUGUGGUCAUCAGCUUUUCUCAGGAAGAGUGGGAAUAUCUGGACUCUGCUCAGAGGGACUUGUACUGGGAUGUAAUGAUGGAGAACUACAGCAACUUGGUCUCACUGGAUUUGGAGUCCAGGUUUGAGACAAAGAAUUUAUCUGUAGGAAUGGACAUUAUUGAAAACAAUCGUUCUCAGUGGAAAGUAAUGGAAAGCAGCAAAUUCUGUGGCCUCAAAAAUUCCAUUUUUAGAAAUUUUUGGCAAAGCAAAAACAAUAUGGAAAUACAAAGACCUGAAGUGGAAUAUUUCAGUCAAAUGAAAAUAAUCUCUGAAAAAGUGCCCAAUUACAAAAAUCAUAAAUCUCUCACAUUAUUACCUCAGAGAACUCUUGACAAUGAAAAGUCCUAUGAAUACAAGGAAUAUGAGAAGGUCUUCAGUUGUGACUCAAAGUUUGAUGAAUAUAAGAGCACACAUUCUGGUGAGAAAACCCAAGAAUGUAAUGAAUAUUGGAAAACCUUUGGCAUGGAUAACUCCCAUACACUGCAACUGAAUAUUCAUAUUGGUGUGAAACCUUGUAAAUAUAUGGAAUAUGGAAAUACUUUUAGCUUUUAUAAAGACCUUAGUGUGCAUAAGAACAUUCAUAAUGAUGAUAAGUUCUAUAAAUGUAAGGAAUAUGGAAGGAGCUUUGGAAGAAUUGGAGAAGUUACUCAACUUCAAAGAAUUCAUGGUAGUGAGAAACCCUAUGAAUGUAUGUUCUGUGGGAAGUCCUUUAGAGUGCUUGCACAACUUUCUCGACAUCAGAAAAUCCAUACUGAUGAGAAAUCUUUUAAAUGUAUGGAAUGUGGCAAGGACUUUAGAUUUCAUUCACAGCUUACUGAACAUCAGAGAAUUCACACUGGUGAGAAACCCUACAAAUGUAUACAUUGUGAGAAGUUUUUUAGAAUUAGUUCACAGCUCAUUGAACAUCAAAGAAUUCAUACUGGUGAGAAACCCUAUACGUGUAAGGAAUGUGGGAAGGCUUUUGGAGUCUGUAGAGAACUUGCUCGACACCAGAGAAUUCAUACUGGUAAGAAACCCUAUGAAUGCAAGGCAUGUGGAAAGGUCUUUAGAAAUAGUUCAUCCCUGACUAGACAUCAGAGAAUCCAUACUGGUGAAAAACCUUAUAAAUGUAAAGAAUGUGAGAAAGCAUUUGGAGUAGGUAGUGAACUUACUCGACAUCAGAGAAUUCACAGUGGGCAGAAACCUUAUGAAUGUAAGGAAUGUGGAAAGUUCUUUAGACUUACUUCAGCCCUUAUUCAACAUCAGAGAAUUCAUAGUGGUGAGAAACCUUAUGAAUGCAAAAUAUGUGGGAAGGCCUUUAGACACAGUUCAGCCCUUACUGAGCAUCAGAGAAUCCAUACUGGAGAAAAACCUUAUGAGUGUAAAACAUGUGGGAAGGCUUUUCGACAUAGUUCAUCCUUUACAAAACAUCAGAGAAUUCAUGUUGGUGAGAAACCUUAUGAAUGUAAGGAAUGUGGAAAUGGCUUUAGUGUGAAUGGACACCUUACUUGACAUUAAAGUAUUUAUUCUGGUGAAAAGUCAUUUGAAUGAAAUAAGUGUAUAAAGGAUUUUUGGUUUUGAUGUUCAUUGGAAAGCCCUAUGGAUUUAUAACUCAUCAUGGAAAUUCAAUAUCUCUUUCCUUCUUUUAAAAUUUGUUUUCAGACUUCAUGGCCAUUCUGUAUUUAGAAGGUACAGUAUGACUGUUGAUAUAUACGCACAGCUUUCUUAGAUAGUGCCAAUAUUUUUUCCUUUAUUUAUUAAUUAACAUUCUUAUCUAAAGACAUAGGAUGGUCCAUAUUAGUCUAUUUCUGAAAUGUGUGGAAUUCAUGUUUCCCUAAUUAUUAGUGAUUUGAAUUGCAUACGAGUUUCUUGUCCAGGCAUGUUUUGUUUAUAAUAACUUUUGGCGUUUAUAUUUUUGCUUUUGCCUAUUCUUGUUUUAAAUUUAUAAUAUUACUCCAACACCUUUUUUACAUUCUAAUUCUUUGUAUUUUAUGUAUGAUGUAUUUAUCUUCCUCCUGAGAGUUACAACUCCCAGUUAGAUACAACAUAGUUUAAAGUUCAUGGCCCUACAUUGUGUUUGUGUGAUUUUCUUGUUUUAUUUUUUAUUGUUUUUGUUUUAGUAACAGAUGUAUAAUUACAAUAUCUUUUCCAUUUUUAACAAAUGGUUGCCUUCUCUUUAGAUUUCUAUUUUGUUUUUUCACAACAGAUUCUACUAAUUGUAUACCAUAUGCCAAGUCUUUAAGGAGCCUUUUCAUCUCCAGGCCAUACUAGCCAGAAUCCAAAUGAAAGGAACACUUUUAAAUAUUUGAAAAAAAUUACUAACCCAAUCAGUAUCCUAAAAUGUAUCAUUUGUUAAGCACCUAAAAGGUCACAACUUAUAUUAAUAGGAUCUACAAUUGUAUAUUACCAUGAUUUCAAUUGGUUUUUUAUUUGUUAUUAAUAUGAUUAUGUUCUUCUUAUUUACUCUGAGUUUCUUUAGUAGAUUUGAGCAGUUCAACAGUUGAUUUUUGUAAAUCUCACCUAACUCCAAAAUCAUCUCUCUUGUAGGACAGCUGAGCUAGUUGUGUAACCACUGAGUGAUGCGCACUGAUUGUUAGAUUUUUAUAAGAAAAUUUAACUAUUAUGCUUAGAUAAGUUUAUGCCACCUUCAUUUACUAGAUUUUAAUUUUUGAAAUUGGUGUGUUUCCCAGAAUUUAUGUACUCUUUAAAGUUUUGCAUGAUCAUCAGUAGCAUACUAUUUUUUUAUUUGAUAUCUUGAACUGUGCUUUCUGUGUUACUUAUUUAAGUAAGUUCAAAAGAUAGGUAGUUGGUAACUAUUUCAUGUCCUGCACAGUAAGAGCAUGAGUCCCUGUUAUGAACCUUUUAUUAGGUUAUUUGCUAUUUUCUAUCUUUGAAAUAGAGUACUGAGCUGUACUUCUGAAUAAUCUCUAUUUACUAAGCUAUAUUGUGACCACCACUGCAGAUUCACUCUUGGAUGCCACUCUGAGUUACCUCAAUGCUAGUUAAUGUUCCUCUUCUUGGGUAUAGUACUUCAGGACUAUUUGUUCUGUGUGUUUCCCACUUCUGGUUUAAACAAAUUAAAACUAUGAAAUGUCUAAGAUUUAUAUACAGACAUAAAAUUAAUGACAGAAACAAAA